UCUACAACACAAACGGGCUCUAGAAAGUCUGUCUGUUUCUAAUUGACCUUCCCGUUUGCCGAGCCUAGGUGCAUUUGUGCUUAGCUAAAUGACAACGCACCUGAUUUUGUGUCCUUAAGGCUGCUUGGAAUAUUCACAAUGUUUGAAUGUUAGUAGCUUAAGCGCCUGAGUGCAUUUGAUGUGUCUGGAGCCGAAUUAUUCAAGGAUACUUUUCGCAAAGGAAGUGUCCCCCCUUUUUUUUUUUAAGUUCUCCGCGUAAGACGUCUGAGGUGGUCUGUUUUUUACAAAAUUUAACACUGCUAGGACAGAUAAGUUGACACGAUCAUUGGGAAAUAUUCAGCGUUAUAGCCUACGGUGUACCGCGGGAAAGAGGAAUAAUCUGGAAGAGCCGGAAAUGUUAACCUGAGUUGGUGCCAAGGAAACAAAAGGAGGGAAAAAAAUAAAAAAAAACAACUUUUAAAUUUAGAGGUCUCAUUCGGCUACUGGAAAUAAGAGAUUUGAGCCUGUUCUUCUCUACAGCUAGCUACAGAUUGAUAACCUAUGUUUGAAUGGCAUUAAAACGACAGCAAGAUCGAGGGACUUUCGUCAGCGCCGACAUGAUUCACUUAACCAUUUCUGCUAGAUUGAUGUAUCAUACUUGUUUGCGUUCAUGUAAGGUGCCCAGUGUGGCUUUGUCCGGCAUCAGCAAAGCAGGAAUUGAUGCGCUCACACGGCUUUCAGCAGUGGAAUAUGCCCCGUAUGGAAUUCGUGUAAACUCUAUCAACCCGGGACCAAUUGAAACGAAAAUGGUGUUCAGGGAAGAAAUGAGCUCCGAGACACAAAAAACGCUCCGAUCUCGGCUGGAAAAAUCAAACCUGAUGGGUCGCAUUGGAACCGUCGAAGAAGCCGCCCGCGUAAUUGCUUUUCUGGCCUCGGACCGCGCCUCAUUCAUCACCGGUCACUCACUGCCGGUUGAUGGUGGCAGUCUCCUAGUCGGGCCAAUGGCGGCAACGCUGGCGGUAAAGAAGGGUGCAGAUCUGCCUACCGCCAAUUGAAACUUGCAAUUCAAGCGCAGAAUCACCUGCCCUGAUUCUGUGCGCACUCUAAUAAAGUUAA